CUUCUAGAAACUCGGCCAAGUUUAGCGGGAGGCUUGAAAAACGACAUGAGUCAAUCCCACUUGGCCGCAGUGUGAAACUUUCUCGUUUUUCAAAGUGUUGUCGUCGCCUAUAUUAGCCAAAUUUCUUUUAGAAUCCUAGUUUUGAGACUGAGAUACAAUGGCUGCCGUUCCAAGAAGUUUUAGUCUUCUAGAAGAGUUGGAGCAGGGACAGAAAGGUGUCGGUGACGGCACCAUAAGCUGGGGAUUGGAGAGCGACGAUGACAUGAGCCUCACCCACUGGACUGGGAUGAUCAUCGGGCCUCCCCGUACCCCUUAUGAGAACAGAAUGUACAGCUUGAGAAUUGAGUGUGGUCCGAAGUACCCUCAGCAGCCUCCAACAGUCAAAUUCCACACCAAAAUUAACAUGAACUGCGUCACUUCCACAGGCGCCGUUGACAGCAGAAUGGUGCCUGUGCUGUGCAAGUGGCAGAGUGACAACACAAUCAAGAACUUGCUGACUGACCUGCGUAGACUGAUGACCGCCAAGGAGAAUCUGAAGCAAGCUCAGCCACCCGAAGGUACUACCUAUUAAGCCGAUUUCGCAUUCCGUUCUUGCAUUCCAUGCCGGUCUUUUAUUUUCUACCACAACCCAGUGUUGCAGCCAUUCUCAGAACCCUUUCCCAAGUUUGUUUGUUGGUUCACUGACAGCCAUUCAACGAGUUACUCUUUUUUUAAGCUUUGGUGUGACUGUAGCUGUCACGGUAUUUGUUAACAUAACCAACUAUUAACAUGUGAUAAAGGAUUUGAAUAAAUUAAAUGCUCCAUGGCAA